AUGCGCGCCCUGCUGUGUAUCCCGCGCUUCGUCGGCCGAAACCCAGGCGCUCGUGCUAGUAGUCCGUUUCCGAGAAAACAACGGUUCUUUCGCGGUCACGGUCAGGUCGGUCCAACUUGUCCGGCCGCCACCGCCCGAAUCCGGAAUCCUCACUCAACAACGUGA